AUGAGCACCGAACCUGGAACCACACCGGAGUUUGCGCGGGUCAUCGGCGUGGUGGGCGCCGCAUCCAGAUUCGGAGCCCAGAUGUUGCUGCACCUGGAAAAGGAGCGACCGGACUGUUGGCUGGUAGCGAUUGCGGAGCGCCCGUUGCGCUGGCCCGUGGAGCGAAUCUCCACUUACCGCCUGGCCCAGAAUCGGGUGAGCGGCAUGCUCACGAUGUCCGACAUUCCCGAUUUCAUGCAAGAGAAAGCGUGGGACAUGUUCCUGGAGGGACACGAACUGACCGUUGCCGACAUGCCGGACGUGUUGCAACUGGAAGCGGUGGAUUCGCUGAUACACGUUGGGAGCUAUUACGACGGGCCCAACCCCGAGCAAUUCUGCGCGGACGCGCAACUGUGGCUGCGGGCGGCCCGCAUCGCAGGCGUGCGGCAGUUCAUAUAUCUUUCCGACGUGAGAGUUUACGGGGUAAAUUCGGACACUCCAAUCCCCAUCACGGAGCAGACGGACAAAAAACCCGUUCGGCAACACCGCUAUCUGGACGAAGCCGAACCGUCCUUUUCGGACGCGGCGAGCGACCAGGCAUCGGCGGCGCGGGAUGGCGACUCCACCGAGGAAAUGAAGGUCGUCGUGCUGCGCACGGCGAUGUCGGUCAGCACUUCUCAUGCCAGCCCCGCGACAGACGAAUUGCUGCUGCCUUCCGUAACGGCCAACCGGAAACGAAGCUUCCCGCUCCAGUUCCUCCACCAGCAUGACCUCGCCCGGGCGAUAGAACGGGUGAUAGCCAAACGGCUGCACGGCGUAUUCAACGUGGCCGGCGACGGCGUGGUGGAUUCGUUGGAUGUCCUGGAAUGGUGCCGGUCUCCACGAUUGCUGAGGGAUAUCGCUUCCAACCCGUUUCGUGGCGCGACGGGAAGACAAUUGUCGAAACGCCCCCUGAUCGUGACCUCCACCAAGUUCAAACAAUCCGCCGGGUUCCGGUUCAGGUAUUCCUCUGCGCGGGCCGUACGCGCGUAUUGCAAUUCGGUGCUGCUGGAACCGAGCUGA